CACCAUGCCUAUGAUAUGCCGCAGCCUAUUGUGUCUCCUAGCACUAGCAUAGACAGAAGUCAGGUACUCUUGAUAUUGCACCACCCAAUCAGUCGGUGUACUGUCCCCGUGGUCACCUCCAGUAUUUCCAAGUUGGUGGUCGACUGGUAACUGUGGCUUCUGACCUAACAUCAGCUCGUAUGGAGAGUGCUGUGUGGACUGGUGCACGGUGGUAUUAUAGGCGAACAGGAGCUGAGGGAGCAACUGGGGCCAUUUACUCUUCUUUUCAGGGGGUAAGGUCCUGAACAGGUCAUGUGUCCUGUUGAAACUUUCACAUUGACCGUUCCCCUCUGGAUGAUAAGCGGUGGUUCUACUCUUUGUUGUGCCGUACAGUAGAUGUCACACAGGAACUUCAACAGCUCCCCCUCAAAGCUGCGCCCCUGAUCGGAGUGGAUUGUCCUUGGCACGCCAUACACAUAGAACCAUCUCUCAGUUAGAAUCUUAGCUACGGUGGAAGCUCUCUGUUCAGAGGUGGGAAAGGCCUGGGUAAACCUUGAGAAAACAUCUGUGUUUACCAGAACACCACUUUUGCACCUCAUGCUGCUGGGGCCAGUAGCACCUUUGGCGUAUCAGAUCUGUGGUCCUGUCCCCACCCCGUGAUGGCCAUGGUUGUUGUGUAGGCUAGUGAGCACUUCAGCUCGCAACAACUAGGGCAGUAAAAGCUGCAGCACUGGAUCCCUGGAAGGAGGAGCCUGGAUCGCUCGGUACAAGUUCCCAUCCACUUCCUAUAUCCGGAACCAUUGCUUUAUCAGCUGCUGGACUUCCCUUGGUUCACUCCUCCUGUCUUUAUGGCCUCCUUCAAGGUCCAGGUCCCAUCAGAACCUUUGGUGGCAGUUAGAGGCAGCUAUGCAGUCCUCAGCUGCUCCUUUCCUCCUGUGGCCCAACAAGGAAUUCCACCAGGAUUGCUGGUAACGUGGCAGCGGGUUGACGAUUCAAGAGUUGUGCACAGUUUUUAUUAUGGCCGGAACCAACUGAGUCGUCAGAGUGUUGACUUCAAGAAUCGGACCAGACUUUAUGUGUCUGAACUGUGGACAGGGAACGCCUCUCUGAGAAUCACAGAUGUCCGAGCGCAGGACGCAGGACAGUACCUUUGCACAGUUAGUGAUGACAGGGGAACCGAUAAAGCAGAGAUGAAGGUGGAGUAUGCAGCAUUCUAUUCUGAACCCCAGCUGAUUAUUGAAGUGGGCCUCCACAACUCAAGUGUCCAGUUUGAAACUGAGGGCUUCCCUAAAGCAGAGGUCCAGUGGUUGGGGCCACAAGAACAGGAGCUGGAACAUCAGUCAGAGUUCAAAUACGGGGACGGUCUCUUCUAUCUGACAACUUCUUAUGUGGUCCAGAACCAUAAUAGAUCAAAUAUCAGCCUGCGAUUGUCAAAUCAACUUUUGGACCAAGUACUGGUGAGGCAAAUCCAUUUCAGUCAGGUGCAUGGCUCCACUGACACCAGGAAGGACCUCACUAUCGCUCUCUCAUGCAUUUGUGUUAUCCUUGGCCUUGUGUGUACUGCCUUGUUAUUUCAUAUUUAUAAAAAUCACACAAAACAUAUACUAUAGAGGCAGUCAGUAAAGGGCAUACCUCUGCCAAAGCCAAACAGUCCCCUUUAUUUCAAUGUCAUUGCAAUUUGAAAUUUGUCAUUGCAGAUUUUUUCAUUUGUACUAGAUUUUCAUCCAUGUCCAUUUCUUGUAUGGUUGAAUCUAUUUGUUAGUUUGUGAUACAAAAACUGUGUAUUUCCUUAAAACUUGGUGGUGGGUGAUGCUUUUCAUGAAGAUUUUUGUAUUAUUCCCUGGGAAAUUAACAAAAAUGUAGAAUGCCUCCACAUGAAACCCUAUACCAUUCCCUUUAUGUCCUUAAAAUGGUUUAGCUGUAUCUCAUAGCUUCAUUUAGUAUUCAUAGAGCUUAUUAGCUUCUGGCAACAAUAUUACUCCUAGGGUUGACCUGAUUGCUUCCUUAGAUUUGUAACAUAGGGAAGUGGAGAUACUCAGCCAUGGCCUUGAGUGCUUAUUUACUCAUGCAUCAUAUAAAAUCACCAUAUGGACGUGUUUUAACCAGGUUAGAAAGUUUAUUUUCAUCAGAGGAUGAUCUUAAACCAAAAAAUGUCAUCCCUGGUCUCAGUGGCGGAUCCUCAUAUGGGCAAGCUUGCUGCUGAGAAGGUCUCACACAAAGAAGUUGAGAAGGGAAAGGAGGAGGGGGCAGGGGAUU